UUUAUUGAUUUAUAUUUAUUUAUGUAAAUAUGUACUAACCACGUGUGUACAUGUAAUAAUUAACAAGAUCAUUGCACAAACCACACCACAAUUCCCCAGUCUGACGUGGAAGCAUGCAAUUGGUUGACACCUGAUAAGAAAUCUGUGUUCGGUAAUGGUUACAUGUCCCGAUAAUAUAGCUCGCAUUGUCACCUUCCCUGGACACUAUCAAUUUUAUCUCCAUUGCGCAACACCACACCACAGGGCUAGAAUGGCAACAAUAGCUGGUCUUAACCUCUCAACACCUAGAGUCUUAGCUAAGGCAACAGACAAACCAAAAGCUCAAGCCCUCGUCAAGUUAAACCAGCCAUGGAGGAGGACAUACCACCUGGGGUCCGGUGGGCGCAUGCAAAUCCGACCCGUGAGGGCUGCCCCUGAUAGCAUAUCAGAGAAGGUUGAAAAGAGCAUAAAAGAUGCAGAGGCGGCCUGCUCCGAUGAUGCAGCAAGUGGAGAAUGCGCAGCCGCAUGGGAUGAGGUGGAGGAGUUGAGUGCUGCUGCUAGCCAUGCCAAGGACAAGAAGAAAGGGUCUGACCCUUUGGAGGAGUAUUGCAAGGACAACCCUGAGACAGACGAGUGCCGCACUUAUGAAGAUUGAAAUGGUUUUUACUUCAUGAACCUUUUUCAAUGAUCAAACUUUAGAUAUGUUUAUUAAUUUUGGUUUAUGUAACGCUGGAGAUGCUGUGUGGUGUCUAUUAUUUAUAUGAUGUUCUAUUAAUUAAUUAGCACA